AUGGCUGCCUUGGACGACCCGGGGGAAGUGAGGGAGGGCUUCCUCUGCCCGCUGUGCCGCAAGGACCUACAGUCUUUCUAUCAGCUUCAGUCACAUUAUGAGGAAGAGCACUCCAGGGAAGAGCGUGAUGUCAAAGGACACAUUAAAAGUUUUGUCCAGAAGGCUAAGAAAGCAAAGAACAGGUUGUUGAAACGAGAAGAUGAUCGAUCUGAAUCAGCGACUCAAGGUUAUGAGUCCUUCAACUAUGGGGGUGUUGAUCCUUACAUGUGGGAACCGCAGGAACUUGGUGCUAUGAGAAGCCAUCUUUCUGAUUUCAAAAAACAUCGAGCUGCCAGAAUUGACCACUAUGUUGUCGAAGUCAACAAAUUAAUAAUCAGGUUAGAGAAGCUCACUGCUUUUGACAGAACGAAUGCUGAAUCGGCUAAGAUUCGAGCCAUAGAAAAGUCAGUGGUGCCUUGGGUCAACGACCAGGAUGUCCCUUUCUGUCCUGACUGUGGAAACAAAUUCAGCAUCCGUAACCGCCGCCACCACUGCCGCCUCUGCGGGUCUAUUAUGUGCAAGAAGUGCAUGGAGCUCAUCAGCCUUCCCUUGGCAAACAAGCUUACCAGUGCCAGCAAGGACUCCCUGAGCACCCUCAGCAGCCCCAGCCAGUCCCCCAACAGCGUCCAUGGCUCCCGCCGCGGCAGCAUCAACAGCGUGAGCAGCGUGAGCUCGGUGCUGGAGGAGAAGGAGGACGAUCGUAUCCGCUGCUGCAUGCACUGCAAGGACACCCUGCUCAAGAGGGAGCAGCAGAUUGACGAGCGGGAGCACAGCCCCGACAUUGUGAGGCUGUACGAGAAAUUACGACUUUGCAUGGAGAAAGUGGACCAGAAAGCUCCUGAAUACAUCAAGAUGGCCGCAUCACUCAAUGCUGGGGAGGCAACCUACAGUCUAGAACAUGCCAAUGACCUUCGAGUGGACGUGCAGAAAGUGUAUGAAUUGAUUGACACUUUAAGUAAGAAGAUCUUAACCUUAGGCUCGAACCAGGACCCUCCACCACAUCCAAACACUUUGCGGCUGCAGCGGAUGGUCAGAUACUCGGCUACACUUUUUGUACAGGAAAAGUUGCUUGGCUUGAUGUCACUGCCGACCAAAGAACAAUUUGAGGAACUGAAAAAGAAAAGGAAGCAGGAGCUGGAGAGGAAGAGGCUCCUGGAGAGACAGGCCACCCUGGAGUCCCAGCGAAGGCUGGAGGAGAGGCCGAGUGGCCUGGGGUCUCGAACAACCAACGGGGAGGUGGCAUGUCUUUCCACUGGCCCUGCCCCUUUGCGGAAGGCUGAGGGCUGGCUCCCGUUGUCGGGAAGGCAGGGCCAAAGUGAAGACUCAGACCCCCUGCUCCAGCAGAUCCACAACAUCACAUCAUUUCUCAGUCAGGCCAAGGCCGCUGGCCGCACAGACGAAAUGCGAAUGCUGCAGGAGAACCUGCGGCAACUGCAGGAUGAGUAUGACCAGCAGCAGACAGAGAAAGCCAUCGAGCUGUCCCGGAGACAGGCCGAGGAGGAGGAUCUGCAGCGGGAGCAGCUGCACAUGCUACGGGAACGGGAGUGGGAGCGAGAAAAGGAGCAGUUUCAGGCGGCAUCCCUGCACACACGGACGCAGUCCCUGGACUUCCGAGAAGUCAGGCCGUUUCAACUGGAACCUGGCAGAGAGCCUCGCUCCCACCUUGCUUAUGCCCUGGACCUAGGUUCUCCCACAGCUCCCAAGACCCCUUCACCUAGCUCAGCAGGAGAGCCCAUCAGAGGGUGGUCAGAGGCCCCAGCCCUCAGCCAGGAGUUCCUCUCCCAGAGCACUGUGUCACAGCAAAAUGAGGUGCCUGCCCCAAACCCCUUUGAUGAGGAAGAUGUCUCCAGCCCCACAGAGGAGGGCUCUGGCAACCCUCCUGCUGUGGAGGCUCCCUUCAGACCCUCACCCUGGAUCCAAAAGGAGUACAAUCCUUUUGAGGAAGAGGAGGACGAGUCCAUGCCAGGGAAUCCCUUCGCUACCCCGGAUGGCCCAGCGCCCAACCCCUUCGGUGAGGACGAUGAACAUUCACCCCAGAGGCCCUCGAGUCCUCCUGGUGUUGGCAACCCCUUUGAGGAGCCCGCCUGUACCAACCCCUUUGAGGUGGACAGUGACAGUGGGCCGGAGGCGGAAGAGCCCAUAGAGGAGGAGCUGCUCCUCCAGCAGAUCGAUAACAUCAAGGCGUACAUCUUCGAUGCCAAGCAGUGUGGCCGCCUGGAUGAGGUGGGGGUACUGACGGAGAACCUGAGGGAGCUGAAACGCACGCUGGCCAAGCAGAAGGGGGGCACUGACUGA